AGAAACUCAAGCACCACAAAAUCAUCUUCGUGGUGGGUGGUCCUGGCUCAGGGAAAGGGACCCAGUGUGAGAAGAUUGUGCAGAAGUAUGGCUACACUCACCUCUCCACGGGGGACCUGCUGCGGGCAGAGGUCAGCUCGGGCUCGGAGCGGGGCAAGAAGCUGCAGGCCAUCAUGGAGAAGGGCGAGCUGGUGCCUCUGGACACGGUGCUGGACAUGCUGCGGGACGCCAUGGUGGCCAAAGCGGAUGUGUCCAAGGGCUUCCUCAUCGACGGCUACCCCCGUGAGGUGAAGCAGGGAGAGGAGUUCGAGAAGAAGAUUGCCCCCCCCACGCUGCUGCUCUACGUGGACGCAGGGAAGGAGACGAUGGUGAAACGCCUGCUGAAGCGAGGGGAGACCAGUGGGCGGGUGGAUGACAACGAGGAGACCAUCAAGAAGCGUUUGGAGACCUACUACAAGGCCACCGAGCCUGUCAUCGCCUUCUACAAGAGCAGAGGCAUCGUCCGCCAGCUCAACGCCGAGGGCUCCGUGGAGGAGGUUUUCCAGCAGGUCUGCUCCCACCUUGACAGCCUG